AGUACGGACACUCGGAGGCUGGAGGCGUGGAGCACGUUCCUCCAGGCUGGAACUACUGGGUCGGACUGGAGAAGAACUCUAAAUAUUACAACUACACUCUGUCAGUGAACGGACAGGCUGAGACGCACGGAGCCGACUACAGCAAAGACUACCUGACGGACGUCCUGGCCAACAGGUCUCUGGACUUCCUCCAGUAUAAAUCAAACUAUCAGCCGUUCUUCAUGAUGGUUUCCAUCCCGGCGCCUCACUCGCCGUGGACCGCCGCCCCUCAGUACCAGAACAGCUUCAAUGCCACCAAAGCGCCCAGAGACCCCAACUUCAACGUCCACGGGAAGGACAAACACUGGCUGAUCCGACAGGCCAAAACUCCCAUGACAAACUCCUCCGUUCAGUUUCUGGAUGACGCUUUCAGGAAACGGUCGGUCUUUUCUUUCCUCGAGUAUUUUUUAUUUUUUGUUCAUGCCACUCUUUAGUUACUUUACAAUUGAAGAUUUUAGCCUAAAAAUUAUAAA